UAUAUAUAAACAAUUGUUAUUGUUUUUCUCGCAUCAGUUAUAAAUUGUUUUCCCUACUUCGAAAUUAUAAACAAUUAUUUUGUUUUGCAUUUUGAUCGGUGCAUGCAACAAAACCAGAUUGAAAAUGAAAUUCGUUAUUGUAUUGUUGGCUUCUGUGCUGGCUGUGACAAUGGCAAGUCAGCCACAUCCCUGUCAAUGCUGGCCAGACUGGCAGCCUGAAAAUGACGCUCAAGGAUGGCACUGCGUACCAAAAAGCGAGAAAAGCUUCAGUUGCAAUGUUGAUCCACCACCAACAUGCGUAUGCAAGGAUAAAGGGAAAGAUGUAUCACUACCUUCUGGAGAAAUCAACUGCCUUGGCCAAAUUACCAAAUUUGAUAAAGACGAAUGUGAAAAAACAGCAGAAUGGGAAUCUUGGUAUCAGAAAUAUCCACAAUACAGAGCACAACACUAAUUCCAGUGAUGUGGAUUUAUAUAGAACAUACUCAAUUAGUGUAAAAUAAUUUCUAAGAAAUGUUGUAUUUUUAUGUUUUUAAUAUAGGUACCUAUUAAUUGUUAUAAUAGAAAAUAUAUUAUAAAGAAAAUCAUACGAAUAUAUACUUUUAUGUGUUU